AUGAGCACGCCCCGACAUCCGUACGCAUCGCGACACCCGCCGCCGCCGCCGCCGAGACACCAGGGGCAUCCGCAGGCGUAUCCUCCGCAGGCGCACUCGCGCUCUCACUCGCAAUCAAGCACACACUCGUACUCGCACUCGCAGCAGUCGCACGCGAGCUCCUCCCAGGCGCAGUCAUCCCAGGGCCUCUCGCACCCGCCCUCGCACCCGGAUUCGCGCUCGCCGUCGGCGCACUCGCAGUCCCAGUCGCCGUACAUGACAGGCGCGCCGCCGCCCGUCCCGCCCACGUUCGCGAGUAUCAUGAAUGCGUACCCCGCGCCGCCGAUCGUCGGCCGUGGGCAGGGGGGCCAUGGUCGGGGGCACGACCAGGAGCAUGACCAGGACCAGCGACAAGGACGCGCACGCGCACACGAGAGGCCGGGGACUGGGACGUCGGGCACCGGGUCACGGUCGGGAUCGGGGUCGGGGUCGGAGCGGAGCACGGUGAACGGGAACGGGAAGAGGGCGAGGAGCGAGAGCGGUAGCGUGGGUAUGAGCGAUGGGGAGGGUGAGCGGUGACACGGUGAGUGAUUUGCGGGCGUGGGGGGUCGGUGCGCGGUGGUGGUGCGGAGCUUGAUUGUACCGCCUCGUCGUGUCUUUGACCGCUUUUUUUCAACAUAUCUCCGCCUCUCCUUCCCCAUUCUUUUCCACUUUUCUGCGUCUUCCGUCCGUUCCGGUCCGUUCUGCUUGCGUCAUCGGUCGUCGUCGUCGUUCGUAUGUCGUCGUUAGAGCUGGGUGCGUUUGCUGCGGGGCUGGGCUGAGCUGCACGGCCCGUUGUAUACGAGUAUAGUAUGAGUGUAUCGCGGUUAAUUGGCAUCCGGCGUCGCGUCGUGUCGUUGGAUGUGGGUGUUGACGAACGCGCGAGGUGCCUCUGAAUUUUUCUGUUCGAGUGUUUUAUCUCCUCUCCUGCGCGCAGGCACGGGGACGGUGGGGCCAGCGUGGUUAUACGACGUCCCCUCGUUGGGCGACUUUGGGUAUCAC